CACAAUAUAUUUUUUUAAAUAUGUCUAUGGGACUUAACAUUGGAGCUGCUCUUCGAUAGGAACUUGGGGCGCUGGUUUUCACUUUCCCUCACCGUAGCCGUGGACUUUCACUUUCGAUGCGAAGCCUGUAGCCGCCUGCCCUGUGGAGAAAAUGCUUGUUUACUGUGCGAUUGCGGUGAUGAUACUCUUAUUUAACCAAUCUUGUCUAGCAGGUAUCCAUUCUCUUCAUGCUCAUGGCUUGGCCAGUCUGGGAACUUCAUCUCCCAAGAGCAUUAAUAUGUUAAUAUUAGACGACAUUGUGGUCUACUAUUAUAGUCCUCUUAAGGAAACCCCAAUGCCGAAAUGGCUGAAGAGUUCAGAUGGUGUUUUGUUGUGGGAGGAGAUCCAGUGGGAUUUUCAACAUAACCGCCUUGUCCUUGAUAAGGCUGUUAAUCUUACAAGUAAACACUUCAGCAAUACACAUGCCCACUUCUAUCAAGCUUAUUCUCAGUGUGAGUUUAAUCCAGAGGAUGAGUACAUGUCAGCAGCUGUUAGCCAUGGUUACAACGGUAAAGACUUUGUAAGUUUUGAUGUUAAAUCAAGAACAUGGGUAGCUGCAGUACCUGAAGCAUGGUUCUAUAAAAGGAAAAGAGAGGAGAAGUCUGAGGAUCUUCUGGGAAUGAUCCACAGCUAUGAAUACAGGUGUUUCAGGUGGUUGAAGAAGCUGCUAAAUUUCAGCCAUGUAGAGCGUAAAGAGAAAGUUCCUAAUGUUGAACUGGUUGAAAAGUCUUCCCCUGGUACAUCUAAUCUCAAGGUCACAUGUCACGUGACUGGAUUUUAUCCUCGGGAGGUGCAUGUGGAGUGGCUGGAUGAGAGGGGGCACAAAUUGGUAGAUGGAGUGAUCAGUGAGGAAGUGUUGCCCAACGGAGAUGGCACGUACCAGGUUAGGCGCACUCUGAAAGUUCCAGAUGAAGCCCCAUGGUCCCAAAUCUACAGGUGUCAGGUCGUACACAGCAGUGUGACUGGGAACAUCACUGUGGUAUGGGACCGUAAGAAGAGCUUCACAGCCCUGAUAGUGGGAUGCUCCAUUGGCUUAAUUAUAGUGACUGUGCUGAUUCUUGUAAUAGUAAGGAGACGACAAUGCCAUCAAAACACUCCACACUCCAGAGAUGCAUACAUGAGAACGACGACGGAUUUGAACUUGCCAUCUGAACAGAGCACGGAGCAAGAAAGAUUCAGUCCACAAUGCAUUCCUGAUACUCAGUACACAAUGCAUUCAUGAUAUUCAGUACACAAUGCAUUCAGGAUACUCAGUACACAAUGCAUUCAUGAUAUUCAGUACACAAUGCAUUGAUGAUACUCAGCCACCCUCUAGAAAAUGAACUGUUGCUGCACCCUUUCAUUUUCUUUUUGUGCUGGCAUACCUCCAUCUACAUCCAUUUCAAAGCUUUACUCACAUGCCCUUUUUGUACGAUAUGUGAGGUAGUUGUUUUUAACAAGAUGAUAUAAUGAGAGUUUUCAUUGUCAUCCUGCAUGUGCUAUGCUAGGACUAGUUUCUAGAUAACAAUUGGUAGAAAAUCACCAUGAUCAAGUCUUAAAAACUCUGGUCUAAAGUCCAUUUCCAUAAAUGUAAAUAAUAUGUUUAUAGUCUGUAGUCUGUAAGUCUGUAGAAAUACACAAAAUUGCAUAUAAUAGUUUUAGUAAUUGUUUAUUUGGAAAAUGAAGUCAUAAAAUUAAACAUGGUGACAUUGUAACCAAAUAUCACAA